CUCCCUUCGCUCUUUCUUCUCCUUUGUUUGUUCUGCAUGACGGACCCCAGACUGUGAAACGCCGUCAACCUGCCGAAAUCGACAUGCCGUCUCUCGUGCGUUUGACAUGGCUGCUGCUAGUCCUGCAGGCCGCCCUGGCAUCGACUCAAUCCACCGACGAUACCUACGCCUCUGCCACCGGGACUGCCACUCGCACGAUGUCUAGAGCCUCUGCGACUACGACGUCGUCCAAGUCGACUUCCUCGUCCACCGCCUCUGCCACGCAUACCGUCAAGGUCGGGUCCAAAGAGGACCCGCAUCAGUACUCGCCGCAUAACAUCACCGCGGACGUCGGCGACAUCAUCAUCUUCGAGUUUUAUCCCCGCAACCACUCCGUCGUCAAGGCCGAUUAUCUGGCCCCGUGUGUGCCGGCCGAGAAGGAUGUGUUCAACUCCGGGGAGUUUAACAGUUUCAACGAGGAGAAUGGACAGCUGGUGGGACCGCCGCCGACUUGGUCUUUGGUCGUGAAUGAUACUUCGCCCACGUUCUUCUACUGCACCGCCAUCGACUCCUGCAUCGGAAAUGGCAUGGUCGGCGUCAUCAACCCGAACUCCAGCAUGACCUUUGAUGCCCAGUUCAAGAAAGCCAAGGAGUAUCCCUACAUGCUCGUGCCCGGCCAAUCCCCCCCAGCCGAAGGCGACCUCCCCCCCAGCGGCACCGCAACCUCCUCGCCCAGCUCGAGCGCCUCGUCCAGCAGCGGCGGCUCCCACGGGCUCAGCGGCGGCGCCAUCGCCGGCAUCGUGGUCGGCUGCGUCGCCUUCGUCGCCAUCCUCAUCGCACUGUUCUUCGUGCUGGGCCGCAACCGCAUCUACAAGAAGUGGAUGUCGUCGGAGGACGGCCGCACCGAGCGCACCGCCCAAUGGGCCCUGUUCAACAGCCACGGCGAACGCAAGAGCGAGAUGACCGGCAGCGCGCCGCCGCAUCCCGGCGACCAGGCCACCUUCGUCUCGAGUCCCGAUCCCACGCAGCGCGCCUUCUCGCCGCCACCACACCCCCAAAGCGGCCACUGGAGCUGGGACUCUUCCUCCUUCCAGCAGCAGCAGCAGCAGCAGCAGCAGAUGGGCCAGAUGCCGCAGAGCCCCGGCCAUCAUCGCUAUCCGACCGAGUUGGAGGCGCCCGUGCCGAUGGCCCAGAUCCCAGAGCAUCACGACGGGCGGUAGCCCUCGAGUUGAUCGACUAGCGUCCUGGAGGUGAUAUGGCUCUGUCCUUCUACUGUUAAUAUUUUCUUCGUCCUGGCGCAUUAUAUCCAAAUAGGCUCCGGUGUUUAUUUUAUGUCGUUUAGUGUAUAUCUUACUUCUAGUCAGUUAGCCGAGCCAAUAGGGCUGCAUCGAUCAAUGCUAUGAUCCAUGAAUAGUGAUUCAAUCCAUCCCAGGAAGAUCGGAAGGUGGACCGUGAUACGUCCAGUCUGUCCGAGGCCGU